AUGACGAUGAUGAUGAUGUGGAUGGCGGCCAACGUGACACUCAAUCUGCUGCUAAGUCCGUCCUGGCUGCACAGACUUUACAUUCUGGCCGAGGCAAUGAAGCAAACAAAGUCGCUUCCAGUGAAUUCUGGACAGACAAAUCUGCACAUCCCAGAAGCCUACGACUACUUCUUUGCAUCCUCUUCUUCUGAUGAGUCUGCAGAGGAGGAGGAGGGGGAGGAGGAAAGUUGUGGUAGAAAGAGGGUGGUCAGCAGGCUCAAGCAAAAAUCAGAUGCCACCAAACCUUUUGGAGACAAUUAUGAUCAUUUCUUUUGUGAUAGCAGCUUGCGAGAGAAUUUCUUUUGGACAGCGACAUUCUCCUUCAGGAAUGUUCGUCUCCAUAGAGGGGCAGUUCGGAACAAGAGCUCAAGGUUUCAAAAUGUGAAAAACGCACGUCCUUUUCCUGCCUUAGGACACAUGGGCCCUCCUGAUCCUGAUCUGCUCGUUGAACAAAGGGAAAACAGGAUUGCCAGACGGAUAUUGGCCGAACAACUAAGAUAUAAAGAUAUGCAAGUAGCUGUUCGAAAUCCAAGGACAGAUAUUUCCCUGCUGCCUCUCAGACAAUCAGAUAUGUGCCUGGUCUGUAUUGCAUUCGCUUCUUGGGUGCUGAAGACAGCAAACCCCCAAGUUGGAGACAUGUGGAAGGCUAUUCUGCUGGCCAAUGUAAGUGCUCUGUCAGCCAUUCGAUACCUGCGGAAAGAUGUCAAGGUGGAGGUGCCCGAUGGUCAGAAGAAAGAGCAUCUGACCAAUCUUAGUGGUACUUGA